AUGAACGGCAUCGCCGAGCAAGCGAACCGCACAAUCACGGAGGCGGCACGCGGGUUGCUCAUUGAAGCCGGGCUACCCGACUAUUUCUGGCCUGAUGCGGUGCGGAGCGCGUGUGUGGCCAAGAACAGAGCCUUGACUCAUGUGGGAGCAGACAAAUGGGUGCCCUAUGUGGAGUGGCUAGGAAGGAAGCCAAAGGUGGAUAUGCUUCGGGUGUUCGGGUGCAUGUGCAUGGCGCUCGUGCCUAAGCAUCUUCGGCACAACAAGCUUGGUGCCAAGGCGGUGUGGGCCGUGCACUUGGGCAUGGCUCAAAACAGCAAGGGAUGGCUUCUUUGGGACCCAUUCACCAAGAAGUUCUUGGUGAGCAGGGACUGCAAGUUCAUGGAGAACUUCAUGUACAAGGAUUGGAAGGCGGAGAAUGAGGCGAAGAUAGGCGUGCGGUUUGGGGAGGUGAAGAGUUCCGGUUUGGAGCAUGUGGAGCUGCCUUUGGAGCUGAGCAGCGGCAGCACAACCACAAGGCAAUCCUCCCUUGUGAAUGGGGGAGAGGAGGCCAAUGAUGCAGAGGAAGAAGAGGAGGAGGUGCAGCAAGUGAGCGAGCGUGCACCGUCACUCCCUUCCCGUACUACGAGUGCUCCACGGAUUCGAGCCACACCGCAGCAACGCCAAGGCCUUCAAGUCCCUGCAGCUGAGGAGGAAGGAAGGGGGAAGAGGAGAGUUCAACCCCCUAAUAGGCUGACCUAUGAUGCGCCGGGAAAGCAGGGCAAGACAGCCCUGGCCGGAGCGGCAAUGAUGGUCGGAGACGACGAGGAGAGUGACUACGAGGAGUGUGCCUUCGCGUUCUUCUCUCCGGUGGAGAUGCCGGGAGAACCAGCAACUCUCAAGGAGUCUUUGGAGAGUAGUGAUGCUGAGGAGUGGAAGAAGGCCAUGGAGAGUGAGCUGAAGAGCAUCGAGGAGAAUGACACGUUUGAAUUGGUGGAGCUACCGGAGGGGCGUACGGCGAUAACGUCCAAGUGGCUCUUCAAAAUCAAGUCGGAUGCCGACGGCAAGAUCGAGCGCUACAAGUCUAGGCUUGUAGCCAAGGGGUACCAGCAGAAGGAGAAGGUGGACUUCAAGGAGCUGUUUGCCCCUGUGGUGAAGCCGACGACGCUGCGAACCCUAUUCGCGGGAGCCGCCAUCAAAGGAUGGGUAGUAAAGCAAAUGGACAUCGUAACGGCAUUCCUUAACGGCAUCCUUGAGGAGGAGAUUUUUAUGGCGCAGCCAGAGGGGUUUGAUGAUGGUAGUGGCAGAGUGUGGAAGCUGAAGAAGGCCCUCUAUGGGCUGAAGCAGGCCCCUAGGCAAUGGUACAUGAAGCUGCGCGAAGUGUUGGAGGGGAUCGGCUUCACUCCCUCAACGGCCGAUCACUCCUUGUUCAUGCUUGGCGAGGGGGAGCAGAGGAGUUUCAUGGUGGUUUAUGUGGAUGACAUCCUCAUUUUCUCACCCUCUUCUGACCUUGUGAAGGAGGUGAUGCUGAAGCUUCAAGACAAGUUCAAGUGCAAGGCCCUUGGUGACGUGAGCUUCUACCUUGGGCUCCACAUCGAACGAGAUGUGGAGAAGCGGUGCAUGCGGGUGCAUCAACGAAAGUACCUGGAGGCAUUGGCUGCCAACUUUGGGCAGAGUGAAGGCCAUGUGGCUACACCCUUUCCCUCUGGGUUCAAGUGUGUGAAGGGACCAGAGGAGGAGAGCGUUGGUGAAGAGGAGAGGCGCCGAUUUCACUCGUUGGUGGGCAGCCUCAUGUAUGCGGCGGUAAACACCCGACCGGACGUCGCGUUUGCUACCGGGCAGCUGGCUAGGGUUGUGCAAUGCCCUAAUGAGGAGCAGGUAGCAGCUGGAAUGAGGGUGGCCAAGUAUCUUGGCCAAACACCGACCGUUGGGCUGCAAUACUCGGCGGCGGCACAAAGGCGCCAAAAGGGCGCGGAUGGUGUUGAACCCGGGCGUUUGUUCCUCACCGCCUACUCGGAUGCUUCAUAUGCAUCAGAACCAGAGGACAUGACAAGUGUGGGAGGCUUCAUAUGCUGUGUUGGUGGAGGCCCAACUGCUUGGGAGAGCAAGAAGCAGGUUGACCAAGCUUUGAGCUCGGUGGAGUCCGAGUACAUGGCACUCUUCCGUGCCGGUGCCAUUGCUCUUGCUAAGAACCCUGUGUUGCAUGGACUCACGAAGCACAUGAGGGUGAAGUGGCAUUGGACGAGGAGCAUGGUAACCGCGGGUGAAGUUGAGUUGCGCUACGUGAAGACCACGGGGCAGCUGGCUGACAUGAUGACCAAGAGGCUGGUGGAGCAGCAGCAUUGGAAGUGUUGCAAGCUGGCUGGGAUGGCUCUGAACUGA